CUCGCAAGCUAGCAUGGCAUCUUGUGGCGGCGCGGGCGAUGACGGCGGCCGCUCACCCCCGGCGGUGGUCUACGACGACCUGGUGGAGGUGCGCGAGCACGCGGCGACGCUGCAGACCAUGCUGCAGGGGUCGCCAAGAGUGUUGGACAUGGACGCGAGGGAGCUCGUGAAGGGGAUGAUGGCCAAGCUGUCCAGCGCUAUGUCGGUGUUUGGCUCCACCAGCGGCGGUGUGGAGGCGUCUUCUGGGAGGAAGAAGAGAUCAGCCACGGCGUCCGGGCCGCACCGCCGGAGCACCUCCAGGAGAAGGUCGAAGAGCCCUUUCAUCAACAUGGUCACUGCUAGGACGCUCAACGAUGGCAAGACAUGGAGGAAGUACGGCCAAAAAUAUAUUCAUGCCUCUACUAACCCGAGGAGCUACUACAGGUGCUCUCAUAAGCCAGACCAAGGCUGCCAGGCCACGAGGCAGGUCCAGGAAUCCGAGUCCAACCCGUCGGAGUACAUCAUCAGCUACUACGGCCAGCACACCUGCAAGGACCCUUCCACGUUUCGAUCACUCUUCAUCCAAGGCGCCGCCGACGCUGCCCCGCCAGCAGACUGCUCAAAUCUCAUCAGCUUCACGUCGAUCAACGGCGCGGCUGCGAGCACGAGCACGAGCGCUUUUGCUCAUUGUGGCGUGAAAGAAGCGGUUGAUCUUCAUCCGAUGCUUUCCUCCCGCUUCUCCAACUACAGCUCCUCGCCGCCGGUGCAGGAAGGUGUGUCCAGCGGCUCGCCGUCGCCGGCUGGCCACGGGAAGUUCAUGCAGUACGCCGGCGGGCAGCUCGUCGACGUUAUUGACCAAAGGACGUCGCCGUUGACCGUGGGAUCAGCGCCGGCGGAGUACUGGCCGGUGGCGGGGGAUGCUGGCGCGGGCAUGGACAGCUUCCCUUCCUCGCCGUCGCCGAGCAGCCUUGGGUUCAUGUCUGGCUCGUUAGGGGGCUCAUUUGGCAAUAGCAUUUACGACGACGACCUGUUCGGCUUCGAUUCCUGACCAAGGUUGUGAACCCAUGCAUAUGCAUGCAUCCAUGCAAAUUGGCGCAUUAACACACGGCGCAAUUUGCAUGUCUGGGGUAGUAGUAAUAUUUUAUUAUGAAGGUAUAUUGUGUAUGCACGUAUAUUGGGCAUGUGGAUAG